AUGAAGCUCACUAUCAUCCUCACUCUCGCCGCCAUCGCCCUUGCCUUCACCAGGCCCAAGGCGAACGAAUACAAGAACUCCGAGUGCUCCGACCUAAACUACGGCCACAACUCCUUCUUCCUCGAGGACGUGACCAUGGACGAUACCACCAAGUCGGUCUACCUCACCGAUGGUAGUACACUCGAGGGCAUGCCCAAGGGCUGGUUUGGCUUUUCGGACAAGACCGGCGACGGAGGCAAGUGCUCGGGCGAGAAACUGGGUCGGUUGCCGGAGAAGUGUGUCAAUAUUGACACUCUUGCUUCUGAGAGGAUCAAGUGCGUUCGGUCUGAGGUCCUGUAA